AGAAGGGUUUUAACCGGUACAUUUGCGUUAGGUUUCAUCAAUUACUUCUGUUAAAAUAUUAUUAUAAUAUUAAACAUCUCUUACCAUCGUAUUCGUUAAAAUACAUACCUCAAAAUGUUGAUUAAAGUUAAGACACUCACAGGAAAAGAAAUAGAAAUUGACAUCGAGCCUACAGACAAGGUGGAGAGAAUCAAAGAGAGAGUGGAAGAAAAGGAGGGCAUCCCGCCACAACAGCAGAGACUCAUUUACAGCGGCAAACAGAUGAAUGAUGAGAAAACCGCUGCUGACUACAAAAUCCAGGGAGGAUCUGUCCUGCAUUUAGUUCUGGCUCUCAGAGGAGGAGAAAACCUGCAUUAGUCCUGCCAGUGUCUUUCCUCUAAAUUUAAUCAGUUAAGCUUGUAAAUAGUAGAAAUGUGUGUUAUCAUAUCCAUCGAAAUCAACAGCAGAAUCUCCAGAAGGCUGUGGUGCUCAAUGCCUCCAGUGGACACUUGGCUUUGCAUAAACCAUGUUAUUGUCAUCACAACUGCUCGGGAUUGAGAGAGCAUCAUACAGAUGCUUUCUAAACACUGUUUACAGUCUUAAUGCGAGCUUAUGCUCUAGCUUGACUCAGAUUCUGCAGUAUAAAGCUGUGCACUGAAACAACCCCUUUUAUUCAUGGUUUAGGAAACUCCUGUAAAAGAGCUUAUAGAAGUUUGAUUAUUAUUUCUAUUUUAAUCAGUAAUUUUAACACACCUCCCUUAUUCAGUUCUUGCGCAUCUAAAAGAGACACAGAUGUGUAUCAUCUUCCCAAAACAACACGUUAUACCAUAUCUGUUUUAUUGUAUUAUGUUUUGAUGAAAGAGGAAUAAACAAUGGAUAUUUGUCAUUUCACACACACACAAUGAGGUUGAGAAAUAUGUAUAGGACAUUUUAAGUAUGUGAAAUGGCAAGUUCACAUUCACCGUCAAUAAAAGGAUACGAUGUUGGUGCAGGAA